AAAACCCCAUAAACCUUUUGGUCCUGGGCUACACUUCUACGCGAAGAGCAGAGCCAUUGCCGUGGGUAGACAUGGCAUCUUCUUCGAAAAAAUCCCAGAAAAGGAAACCCAAAGGCAUGCCUGUGGACAAAUCCUCUAAGAAAAUCUCUAAAGAGAAGAGGAAACCAGUCAGCGUCGUUGGCUCUGAAGCUCUGGGUUUGCAGCUCCAAGAUGACGUCCCUGAUUUUCCCAGAGGCGGAGAGAGUUCUCUUACCUCCAGGCAAACCGGAGAAAUACGUCCAGAAGAUGAUUAUGAAUUUGGGACUGAGGAUCAUUUGAAAAAGAAGAAGAAGAAGGGAAACAAUAUGUCUAGUAAGAGUCGGGCACCCGUAGAUGAUUUGGGUUUGCUAUCCGGUGGUGGAAUCAAGGGAAAACUACCAAGAUACGCAAAUAAAAUUACUUUCAAGAAUAUAUCUCCUGGCAUGAAACUUUGGGGACUUGUGGCUGAAGUCAAUGAAAAAGACCUUGUAAUUAGUUUACCAGGGGGUUUACGUGGAUUAGUUCAUGCAUCUGAUGCGUUUGAUCCUAUUCGGAGUGACCAAGUUGAGGUCGGAGAAGGUUUCCUGUCUAGUCUCUUUUAUGUUGGGCAACUGGUUUCUUGUGUUGUAUUGCGAUUAGAUGAGGACAAUAAAGACAAGGGCAAACGAAAAAUUUGGCUAUCUUUGCGUCUUUCAAUGUUGCACAAGAACUUCAAUUUAGACGUUGUUCAAGAAGGCAUGGUCCUUGCUGCAUAUGUGAAAAGCAUUGAAGACCAUGGUUAUAUUCUUCACUUUGGCCAUUCUUCUUUUAUGGGAUUUUUACCAAAGAAUAGCCUUGCUGAUGGUAGAAGUGGUGGAGUAAAAGCUGGGCAACUUUUGCAGGGAGUGGUUAGGAGCAUUGAUAAAGGUCGUAAAGUUAUUUAUAUGAGUUCUGACCCUGAUACAGUGUCUAAAUGUGUGACCAAGGAUCUCAAGGGUAUAUCAAUUGAUCUUCUUAUCCCUGGCAUGAUGGUUAAUGCCCGUGUAAAGUCAAUUCUUGAGAAUGGCAUUUUGUUAUCAUUUCUCAAUUAUUUCACUGGAACUGUUGAUCUGUUUCAUUUGCAAAAUAUCUACCCUUCAACGAACUGGAAAGAUGGUUACAGUGAAUCUCAGAAGGUUAUUGCUAGGAUAUUAUUUAUUGAUCCGUUGACUAGAGCUGUUGGUUUAACGCUAAAUCCACAUCUUGUUCAGAACAGGGCCCCUCCAUGUGAUGUUAAAAUUGGAGAUAUAUACGAUGAUGCAAAAGUUGUCAGGGUGGAUAAAGGCUUGGGCCUAUUGCUGGAAGUCCCAUCAAUUCCGGAGUCUACUCCGGUGUAUGUCAGUAUAUCUGAUAUUGAUGAAGAGGAGAUCCAGAGGCUUCAGAAGAAGUACAAAGAAGGAAGUCGUGUUCGAGUUCGGAUCCUUGGGUUAAGGAAUUUGGAAGGAAUUGCUACUGGAAUAUUGAAGGCUAGCGCUUUUGAAGGAGAUGUGUUUACACAUUCUGAUGUCAAGCCUGGGAUGGUGGUGAAGGCUAAGAUUAUUUCUGUUGAUGCUUUUGGUGCUAUUGUACAAAUCCCUGGUGGUUUGAAGGCGCUUUGUCCUCUUCGUCAUAUGUCUGAAUUUGAGAUUGCUAAGCCUGGGAAAAAAUUUAAGGUGGGAGCUGAAUUGGUAUUUCGUGUGCUUGGUUGCAAGUCAAAAAGGAUAACAGUUACACACAAGAAAACCCUUGUGAAAUCCAAACUUGGGAUAAUAAGUUCAUAUGCUGAUGCAACUGAUGGAUUAAUAACUCAUGGGUGGAUAGCAAAGAUUGAAAUGCAUGGGUGCAUUGUACGAUUUUACAAUGGAGUUCAAGGAUUUGCUCCCAGGUCUGAACUUGGUUUAGAUCCUGGAAGUGAUCCAGGUUUGGUUUAUACUGUGGGACAAGUUGUUAAAUGUCGGGUAAUCAGCUCCAUUCCUGCUUCACGGAGGGUCAACCUUAGUUUCAUCAUCAAGCCUACGAGGGCUUCUGAAGAGGAUAUGGUUAAGCUGGGUAGUCUUGUUUCAGGAGUUGUUGACAGAAUAACAUCAGAUUCUGUAGUCGUUUUUGUAAACUCCAGAGGCUUUUCAAUGGGUAAAAUAUCCGUCGAGCACUUGGCUGAUCAUCAUGGGCAAGCUAUUUUAAUGAAGUCAGUUUUGAAACCAGGAUAUAAAUUUGAUCAACUACUUGUUUUAGAUAUUAAUGGCAGCAAUCUAGUUCUGUCUGCCAAAAGUUCGCUUAUCAAAUUUGCUGAUCAGAUUCCUCCAGAUAUUAGUCAGAUUCAUCCUAACUCUGUCGUGCAUGGUUAUAUUUGUAACUUAAUUGAGACAGGUUGCUUUGUCCGUUUCCUUGGUCGAUUGACUGGGUUCUCUCUCAAUAAAAAAG